AUGGGAUGCCUGCAAAGUAACCCACCGCUUAUGAAUCCUGAGCCGAUAAAGCAUUCGUUUGAUUUGGAAUCUUUCUCACCCCCAGAAACUACUUUGCAUAAAUUAUGCAUUCAAUGCAGCAAAGAUCAUGCACAAAAUAAAUCUUAUCUUAUCGAGAAAUUUCACAGGGCUUAUGAUUCAUGUGAGAGGUUUAGAAAGUCUCUUAACAAAUUUGAUUUAUUCUCCUAUUGAUUGAUUUAUUUAAUAGGCUAUUAAUUUAAAAAUUUAUAAAUCAAAAUUAAUCAAAUUGAUUAUACUUUUUAGUAGAAAAACAUUUCAAGCUAUCAAUGUGAGCAAUGAUGAUUUUGAAUGCAAGAAAUGCAAUGGUUUAUAUAAUAAUAAGAAUGAAAUAUAGAAGUUUCCUAUGUUUGGCGCUGUAAAGGCCGAUAAAUUCUGAUCGGAAUUUAUCGGUAGGUUGCACCAAAUCAAUGCCUUGGUCGGACCAAAAAGCGAUUUGGUCCGACGAACUUGGAAAGCUCCUGGGAAAAUGUCUGCGCUUUUAGCGCUAUAUAGAGGAAACCUCUAUACCAGUUUUACUGCCAUGUAGCCAUACUGCUUGCUAUAACUCCCCUCCAUGAACAAGCAAAAUAAUUGGGAAAAAUCCUUAUUUUUUGGAAAAAAAACCUCCAAGUAAUGAAGUAAAUCUCUUACUCCCCAUCGAUAAGCGGCAAAAUUAAUUUGCUCGCUUAAAGAGUGGGCUAAUUUUUUUUUAAAUAUUUAUAUAUAAAAUUUUAUAGUAAUUUUUUAGCAAAUAUUAAAAUUUGUAAAAUUAUAUAUUAAAAUGCAAACUGUUUUAAAAUUCAACAGAAUUAGCUUGAGAUUUCAUUAUACUAAUUAUCACUUAUAUAUCAUUUUUUUUCCAUAAUACACUUUUAUACUAAAAAAAUGUUUUGUUCCCUGCGUUUUUGAGCGAAAUAUAUGAAUUUUUCCAAUUUUUUUUUCGCUCCUGGAGGGAGUGAGUUAGCUUUUUAAUUUAUUAAAUCUCGUAAAAAAUUAAUUAUAAAAAUUAGCCCCCUUCAAGAUGAGCAAUAUAUUUUUGCUUAAAGGAUAGGUGGGUAAGUGUCUUAAGUCGGAAUAUGAAAGAAAAGGAGUUAUUUAUUGUCCUUUUGAUGGGCAAGAUUUUGACGAAAACCCGGAUAAUUUACCAUGAGAUAACGCGUGGAUGAGUAUGAUUGAUGAUUCGAAAUCAACUAUUUUUUGUGAAACCCAUAACUUACUUAUCUCUAGAUACACUAGAACUGUUUGAUUUCUUGAGUUAUUUAUAUGAUAAGAUUUAUAUCUAGAAAAAAAUAUAUUGUAAAUAUUUUUAUCACACAGUCUAAACUAGAUAAGUUAAGAAUACUGCUUGACAGAUAAAGAGUUAUUGUGCACAAAUUGCUUAUCAAGCCACAAUUCACACCAGAUAGUCGAUAUUAGUUCUCAAAAAAUAAUAAAUGAGCUCAAGCUGAAAAAAGAGAAAACAAAUAUUUAUAUCGAAAAGCUUCGUUCUCAGUCAGAAAAAAUCAACUCAUAUCAAUCCCAAGCUGAAGAAAUUGAAUUAGCUUUAAAAGCCACGAUUAAUACUCACAUAAACGCAAUAACCGAAAUGAAAGACACUCUUAUAAAAAAAAUCAUUGAAAAUUGUCAAAGCUAUAGUAACGAACUGGAAUUUUCUUUAAAGAAGCUUGAAAACAUUUCUACGCACAGCGAAAUUCAAUUGAUUCAUGAUCAAUUGAAUUAUACUCUCCUUAAUAAUAAAUGAUAUUGUUGGAAUAGGUUCUCUUAGAACUUGACCAUCUCAGGCCAUUUUAUUAUUAUGAAGUUCAGCUUUUCCAAUGAAUCUUUAUCCAACAAUGCCAGGACCAUCCUACAUAUAGACUAGAGCAACUCUUUAUGCCUAUCCAGAGGAGAAAAACCAUUAGGUGGGAUAAAAUUGGAGGCUUCUAAAGAGCGAAGCAAUGCAACCAGUGAGAUUUAGAGAAGUCCGAGGCAAAAGUUGGAAUUUACCGUUCUGCUGAAUGAAACGGCACGCUAAACACUAAUAAAUAACUAAGAAUUAUGAACUCCAAAAAGCUGAAGAAUUUUUAUAUAAUUUUUCAAUAAUUCCUAUCAGUGAACGUCUCGACAAAUUGCAAAGUGAAGAAAGCUUAUCCAAUCAAAUUUCUAAACCUGAUAUAAGUGUGCUGCAAGAAAUUAAAUUUCUUUUGGCCAGGCUCCCUGAUCCCACAGUGCUUGUUCUUUCAUUAUCAUUAGGAAAAAUCCAAAAUUUAAUAUCCCAAUAA